CUUGACUUCUACCCCUCCGCUAUCUUCACACGCUUGAACUCAAAUCAGAAAAAAUUAGGGUUUUAGUUCUUCGUUUAGGUCUGAACAGAUGUCCGGGUUCAACCGCUCUUCCUGCGCUCCCUCCAAGAAUGGUCUUCCUCCUCAAGAAUUAAUUGAUGAUCUUUGCAGUCGUUUUGUUCUGAAUGUUCCAAAAGAAGAUCAACAGUCAUUUGAGAGGAUUCUGUUUCUUGUGGAGUGCGCACAUUGGUUUUACGAGGACAAUUCUGUUGAGAAUAACCCAUCAUUGAAAUCUUUCACGCUUAAGGAAUUCACUUCUCUUUUAUUUAACAGCUGUGACGUUCUAAAACCAUAUGUUGCACAUAUAGAUGAUAUUUUCAAGGACUUCACUUCAUACAAAGUUCGAGUUCCCGUUACAGGAGCCAUAAUCCUGGAUGAGACUUUUGAACGGUGCUUACUAGUGAAGGGUUGGAAGGGAUCAAGCUGGAGUUUCCCUCGUGGAAAAAAGAACAAGGAUGAGGAAGAUCAUGCAUGUGCUAUUAGAGAGGUCUUGGAGGAAACAGGAUUUGAUGUAUCAAAACUUCUUAACAAGGAAGAGUUCAUUGAAAUGUUAUUCGGGCAGCAAAGGGUGCGACUUUACAUAAUUGCUGGAGUGAAAGAUGAUACAGCCUUUGCUCCCCUCACCAAAAAGGAGAUUAGUGAAAUUGCAUGGCAGCGACUUGAUGAAUUCCAACCAGGAAAUAGUGAUGUCAUAUCUCGCAGUUACAAUGGCUUCAAACUUUACAUGGUUGCUCCAUUUCUAACGUCUUUAAGAGCAUGGAUUUCUGCACACAAGCCUCCGGUAAAACCUAGACCUGAUAGACCUUUGAAAGGAAACAUUGUGUGGAAGGCAAAGAAUAGCUCUACAGGAAGCUCAGGGGUAGCAGAGAGUCAAGCAGUAAAACCAACAAAAAACGAUGUAAAAGUCUUAGACGCGGGCCCCGGCAGAAGCUUUAGAAACUUUCGGCUUAAUGCUGCCCCUAUUAUAAAGGCAGUUGACGCCGCCUUCUGUCCAUUAUAAACAAGAUUUCUAGAGGUUGUGCAUUUGAAGAAGCUGGGUGAGUGAAAAGUCUGCACAUUGUAAAAGAUGACUUGCUCAUUUAGCUUGGUUUCCUUUAGCUAGAUGUAAAUCUUCUAAUCUGACACCACUUUGUGUUGGUUCAUUCCUGUGUUGUAAAACUUGUGCGACUACAAUGGCUGCAUUGGGAUUCCUGUCUUCGGGUCGAUAUGUAAGCACAUUUCGUGUAGUGGCCUUGCAAUGAAGAGAUAACAUGCAUUUGGGCAUACCAUACCAUAGUAAGGGUGCAAGCCAACCUCUAAGGGUAAAGUUGUCCAUUUAAGGUGAUCUAACUAGGGUUAGAGAUGUGAGAUCCUGAAACAUGAAUUC